GCCCUUUCUGUGAUGUUCGCUUUGUGCAUUCUUUCACGACCCCUCUCGCCCUCUUCACCUAGAGACAGACCCUUACUUCAGGCGCCGCGCCUGUCACUUCCCUUUCAACGACGUAUCUAUGGCCUCAUAUUAGCUGUAGGGGCAGGCCAACACUACAACCACGAUACAUUGCGCACAAUAUACACUGCAUAUAGCGCUCGCACAGCGCAACAACGAAAGUAAAAAUGUCAGCCACUUCAGCCUCAGAGUCCCCGACAAGCACCCAGGGCACUGGUGCCGCAUUGGGCAGGGAAAACCAGAGUAUCGCAAAGUUCGCCGCCUCUUUGUCCACCGCUGCUGUCGUCUUCGGUGUGCAGAUGGGCGUCUUUUUGAUCCUUAGUGGCAACUGGAAGCUCAUGCGCUCGAAGAAGAGCGCGACCGAGCCGCAGACACAACGCCAGACCCUGUUCCAAAGGAUAUACUACUACAAGACAGCCUUCGUGCCAGAAGCCAAGCGCAUCGCAGCCCCCGUCACUGCGAUCGAAUCAAUCAAGACCGUGUUCAAGAUUAGCGACCGAGAGCUCAUCCGCAUUGCAGGCGUCGAUGGCUUCCUAUUCCUGCAAUACCUACAACUUUUACUUCGCAUAUUCGUGCCCAUGGCCUGCGUCAUCCUCCCGAUCUUGCUGCCGAUCAAUCGCAUUGGAGAUGAGCCUAACGUAUCGGGGCUCGACUCCUUCGCAUGGCCGAACGUGGCUUUUCCAGACAAGCGUAACCGACUGUGGGCACAUCUAAUUUUGGCUGUGCUUGUUGUUUGCUGGGUCUGCUUCAACUUCUUCCUCGCCCUGAGGAAAUUUGUUCGUCUCAGGCAGACCAUUCUCACCAUGCCGGAGCAUCGCAUACGCGCUUCUGCAACUACCAUUCUGGUGCAGAGCAUUCCACGCAAGUGGCUCACGGCUGCUGCGCUCGAUGCGCUCUACGAUGUCUUCCCUGGUGGCAUCAAGGAGAUCUGGAUCAACCGCAACUACGAUGAGCUGCAAGAUAAAGUCAAUAAGCGGUCCAAGAUCGCGCGUACGCUGGAGUCGGCCGAGACGAAUUUGAUUAUCAAAUGUACCAAGAAGCACAAGGAGAUGGUCGAGGCCAAGGCGAAAGAAGAGGGCAAGAAGAAGACCAAGAAGGAGAGGAAAGCGGAAGAAACGGAGAAAGACAUCGAAAUCGCCAAUGAGACUCUUGACCACGGUACAGAUGCUGGUAACCCUCAUCAGAUCGAGCGCCAGCUGCAGUCUGUGUUGGAGGAGAGCGAAUCUUCCUCUUCCUCUUCCUCGUCACGCUCGUCAUCACCCUCACGCAAGAAGGGCAUGUUGCCAAUCCCGUUCGUCGGUCAGGGCCUCCAUGCCGUUGGAGAUGGUUUCCGUGACGUAGGACAAGGCGUGGGCAACUUCAACAAAAAGCUCUACGGUGGUCUUAAGGGUGCCUUUGCGGGUAAAGACAAACAUGGCCAGCCUCAAUCUCACCUUGACGGCAGCGGUGAUCGACCCAUCUCUUCUCCAACCUCUGCGGACUUCGCGCUAAGAGGCGCGAGCAGCGACACAUACUCGCCAUUGGCAGUCCCGGACCAGGACCCGCUAGAAUCUGAGAGGACUGUCACUCAGACAAGCACACCUGACGAAAAGCACAAACACAAGCACCAUCACAAGGAGACCAAGGAAAAGAAGAGCGCGUUCCAGAAGUUUAGUGACUCCCGCUUGAACCCUGUACGACCUCUGCGACGUAUGAGCGAUGACUUUACGAGUCCUCAGCCUUUCCGCAAAGAGGGUGAGGUCCUGCCUGAAGAAUUGAAAGAACCUAUAAAGGUUAAGUAUGAUCUAAAGGGUGUCUACAACGAAGAUCUGGUAGAAGACGGUGAGACUGCGCUAUGGAGAUCAUAUGUAACACCAAAGGACCGUGACACCAUGCGCCUCCCUAUAUUUUCGUGGGACUGGUGGCCUUCAAUCCCGCUGAUCGGCAAGAAGGUCGACACCAUCUACCAUUGUCGGAAAGAACUGGCUCGUCUCAACGCAGAGAUUGACGAGGAUCAGGCCCAUCCCGAGCGAUAUCCUCUGAUGAACUCUGCCUUCAUUCAGUUCAACCACCAGGUUGCUGCACACAUGGCCUGUCAGUCACUCAGUCACCAUGUUCCUAGGCAGAUGGAUCCACGAACUGUUGAAGUCAACCCAAAUCAUGUGCUCUGGGAAAAUCUCACGAUGAAAUGGUGGGAACGGUACCUACGACUCUUCGGCGUCAUCGUGUUGAUCAUCGGUCUUAUCAUCUUCUGGGGUAUUCCAGUUUCGUUCACCGGAGCGUUAUCCCAAGUCUCCACUCUUACCGACAAUCUGCCUUGGCUGAGCUUCCUCGAGAAAUUGCCACCAUGGGCGCUUAGCUUUGUUGAAGGUGUCUUGCCUCCGAUACUGCUUGCUGUACUGUUCGCUGUUUUGCCGAUCCUGCUACGGUUCCUUGCUGGAGCCACCGGUACUACAACAUCCGGAGAGCGCGAACUUCUGGUGCAGAACUUCUACUUCGCCUUCGUCUUCAUUCAGUUGUUCCUGGUCGUAUCCCUUUCCACUGGUAUCACGGCAACAAUUGAGGAGAUCACCAACAACCCCAUCGGCAUCCCUCAGACCCUGGCUCAGAACUUGCCGAGGGCUGCGAACUACUUCUUUUCCUACAUGAUUCUGCAGGCGCUCAGUAUCAGCUCUGGUACGCUAUUGCAGAUCGGUGCGAUUGCAGUUAUCCUUCUCUUCGGUUUCUUCGAUACCACUCCCCGCGAGAAGGUCUCAAGGAUACUGAACAGGUCGGGCAUGAACUGGGGUACUAUGAUACCAGUGUAUACCAACUUUGGUGCGAUUGGUAUCAUCUACUCAGUCAUUUCGCCAUUGAUCAUGGUCAUGAUGCUGAUCACUUUCAGCCUGUUCUGGUUCACCUAUCGAUACCAGAUGAUCUACGUCUCGUACGCUAAGGCCGAAACGAACGGAUUGAUCUUCCCAAAGGCCGUCAACCAGCUCUUCACGGGCAUCUACUUUAUGGAGCUCUGUCUCAUCGGUCUAUUCUUCCUGCAAAACGACUCGAGUUGUCUACCACACGCAAUCAUUAUGAUCAUCACUCUGAUCUUCACUGUACUCUUCCAGUUCGUGCUCAACCGAGCCUUUAGCCCGCUGUUUACCUACCUUCCGAUUACCUUUGAGGACGAGGCCGUAGAGCGAGACCAGGAGUUCCAGCGUAUCCAGGCCGCUCGAUGGACUAAGGACGACGACGCAGAACAUCAGUCGCUUGUUGGAGAGGAAGCUGCCGCUAAGAACGCAGAGCAGCGCGAACGUGCGCACAUGGAAGCGAUGGACCGUUUGGAUGCGCAGCGGACACCGUCUGGCAAUGGCAACGAAGCUUUCGAGCUUAGGACCUUCGACAGCCCUGAACGGUCCCGCAAAAAGUGGGCUAACAAAUCAUGCGUAUCCGUCAACGAUAGUCGCUCGCAUUCCCACUCGCGCACAACGCCUAAGAAGCACAAGCGUAAAGAUCCCAUCGAUGCCUUCGCCGACACCCUCAAGCGCGGCCUGGACGAUGUCACAGACGGUAUUUCACGACCUGUGCGUGACAUUGAGUCGCAGGUUCUUCCGGCAGCCAAUCUGUUUGAUAAUAUCGACGAUGAGCUGCAAGACAUCGAGCCAGAAGCUCGCCAGAAGCUCAUUAAGCGUAGCUUCCAGCACCCUGCGACACGAACCAUUCAGCCUGCUGUGUGGAUUCCGCAUGACGAGCUGGGCAUCUCUAAGGACGAAAUCCAGCGCACUAGUGCGUUCAGUAAUUGGAUCUGGAUUACAAGUGUCAACGCCCGACUUGAUGGGCGUGGCAAGGUCAUGUAUAGGGGACUACCGCCGGAUCGCGAUCCCUUUGAGAACAUGGAGGUGUAGAGAGUGAAAGGCUUUCUUUUUGAUUUAUUAGCGAGUGCUUUCAUCAGCAUGGGCAUCUCUUGCAUAGCGUGCGCGGCUUGCAUGGCACACAAAGCGUUUGUUGACUUUCUAUUUAUAAUGGGAUGCACAGUAUAGCCAUUACUACGUAGCCCACCCUGUGAAAAUCGAAGAUCAAUACAUUCAAUAGACACCGACUACGAU